ACGCACCUGCCGCCAUUUGAGUUGCCACUGAUGGGCUCCACAUUAAGUCGAGCUGUUCUAGUGGGAUUUCUCCUGUUCUCCUUAUCCUGCAGUUUUUGGAUGCCCCCCCCCCACCCCCAGCCCUGAAUGAGUGCACAGGACAACUCUCUCUCUCUCUCUCUCUCUCUCCUCUCUCUCUCUCUGUCAGUGACGAAUCAGAAAGGCGUUCACUCAAUAUUGGGCGUGUGUGUGUGUGUGUGUGUGUGUUUAUUUUUUUAAUUUGCUGGAGCAAUCGCGGCACUUUGUGCUUCGGUGUCUUCUUCUUUUUUUUAAACCGGAAACCACACACCACCUGCAGCAGUCCGUCCACCGUAGCGGCAUGCUGCUGCAGUGACCAUGGACGGCAGCUCCGCGUCUCGGCCACACAAGCGGCGGCGGCGGCGGCGGCGGCUGCGGCGGCGGCUGCGGCUGCGGGGGGUCGGUCGCGCACAGUCGGCCGCCUUCGUGACGGGGGGACCGCUCGUCCCCGUCCAAGCCAAUUGUAACAAAGCGACAGGCGCCCGGCUGCGGUUCUGCGCUCACCUGAGCGGGGGCAGACGCACGACUCAGGAAUCUGAACAACUCCAGCAGUGCCUGGGGAGCCUGACGCCCUCCAUUGAGGAGUCCCGGGCGAUGUUGUACGCGCCGUCCGUGGACAACAUUCAAGCCAAGUGUCACUUCCUGUCCCUCAAUUGUUACUUUUUGGAGCUUGUGAUGGUCCUCGACGAAGAAGAAGUUGAUGUGGACAAUAUUUACGCCAACUGCAUCCAGGACUUCAUUGACAAUCUGGCUCUCGAAAGCGACACCUCGCAGGUCAGCUGUCCGCCGUGCGAGGCACACGCGCUCGGGAAUAUCACAACGUUUCUGCACAGACUCAAAACCCUUCUGCAAGCCAUGGCUCUCAACGCCAGUCACACGUAAAACUGACAAAUACGAGGUGCAAAUAUGUCAAAUCUUGUACAGAGGAUAAAAUGCCUUUAUACGUGCAAAGAGGUCCAAACAUUUUUUGGACAGCGGCAAGGCUUUUGCAAUCAUUCCGUCACAGGAGCUGCAGACGUCGUAGAAUUAUUGAAAUCAACGAUUAAUAAAUUAUGGUCGGUCCUGGAACGAAUUUGUGCAAAAUGAAUCGAGACAAAAUCUUGUGGAAAAUAAUCUAUGAGAAAGUAUUUUGUCUUGUGAGUCCCAGUCCCAAACUAGUACUAAUGCCACAAGAAAAAAAAAAUAAUUUGGAAAAAAAAAAGAUUCCCAAGAAUAUAUUUGUCAUUUUAUGACCGCGUCCCACCAUUUUGAUCAAGGUUGCUUUUAUUCCAUCCAACGAUAUCAUCAAAAUCCUAAAAAUGAAAAAAAAAAAAAAUCUUGUCAUUGUCCAAAUACCUCUGCACCCGUUUAUACACGUGAAUAACUUGAUGUGUUUUUUUUUUUUUUAAAUUAUUUUAGAAAAAUGAAAUGUGUGAAAAACUCUUUUGGGGGUGAAACUAGGAGGUCGACAUGGAGGAGGAUGAAUGAAUCCUUUGGGAAUAUUUAACUCUGAUCAUAAGCUAAUUGCUAACCGCGGAUAUACAGUAGUAGCUCAGAAAUAUGCUAAAUCCGGCACUGAAAUGAAUGUUGACCGAAAAUAUGCCGGCUGCCAGAAAGUACUGAACGCAAUAAGACAGAAUAUCGCUGAAUGUGUUGGAGCGCCCCCCCCCCCCCCCCCCCCAUUUAUUGCGGCGGAUACCUUCCAGACUCAGCCGGCGAGAAUCUGCACUAGACACACUAAACAAACGUUAAUAAUAGUUUUGCUCCUUCCACAAGCGUUGAAAACAUUCCACAAAAGUCUUCCAAAUUAUUAUUUUUUUUUUUACAGUAUUCCUUGGUGACUGGUCUCGCUGUAUUGCUGGUAGGAAAUGGGAGACGAUCGUAUGAAAUGAGAGGGAAAGUCUGCUAGCUUAAGUUAUUUAUUGGUCACCACUAGUUGAAGUUUAGUGCGAAGCAAACACAAAACCAAAGAGAAUUAAUAACACAUUCAUGGGCAGGGUGGCAAUUUUUUUUGCCUUAUUGAGAUAAAAGUUUUCUAACGGGCCACAAUCAAAGAAAUAACACUUCUUUUUCGUUUAACGCAUAAAACAAAGGGCGAAAAAGAUGUGAUGUACCCUCUCGCGGGCAGCGUCCCAGAACUGGGACGGGUACGUUAUCAGUUCUGUGAAGUUGCACAUACUAGAGAGAUGUUCAAUAAUAAAUUCUUAGUCUAGAACGACACUUACGCAUUAAUAAUACUGAUGGAUUAACAUUUUGAAGACAAACUUACUGACCUUUCUUCUCUUGGAAAACGCUCCACGUGUACUUGAAGCAGCCAUGUUGGGUCUGGAAGGAAAGGGAAAUAACUCCGUGCUAACUUUGACCGAUGAGUUAUCCUCUCCUGAUACCAAAUUCUGGCUUCAGAUUAAAACAUAUGCUGAAGGAUAUAAUGCGUGAAAAUCACGAUGUCCCAAAAAUGGGACGCUGCCCACGAAUGGGUUUGAAAUAUUGCAUAUUCAAAGACCAUAAUGUUCAACCAAGCCACAUAUGGCAAGUCACUUAGCUUAAUGCUAACACGUAAUGCCAGACGCCAUUGCAGUGCGCAGGGAACGUGUUAUGGCGAUGGUAAACCUUCAAACGGGCGCUACCUUCACGCACACUGAGCAGCAACGUAAAUAUACAUCAAAAUGCGAACAGCGUGAUGAAGACAACUGUUGAAGUCCAGCGUUGCAGGUUUUGACACUCGGCUCUUUGUUAGCGAACGGCAGGUUGUGCAAAAACUACUGUGCGGUCAACAGUUGGACAUCUUCGUUCAGAGCUUUAGAGAAGGUCAAAUUGACCCCUCCGUGGAUAUUGCGCAAUCCGCGUCACUGACCAAUCAGAGGCCAGAGAUCUGCAUAAACCAAAGCCCCUUUUUGCUCCCGCCAUUUUCUCAGACAACAUUGCAUGGUCCAGUAUAGGUUUUGUUAGCGUUUUAUCGUGUAUUUGGGUUAUUUAACGAAAAAUAUGGUUAAGAGGUGUAGUCACGGACUUUGUAAUAGUGACGACAGGUAUCCUGAAAGGCUAGUUGCUGGAGUUCGAUUCGUACCCUUUCCAAAACCGAAGACCCAGUACGAAAAAUGCCUUCGAUGGAUCAAACUUUGUGGAAGACCGCAUCAUCAACUAAAUCCAUCUAAUAUCAACCGGAACACAUAUGUUUACACGAAGGUAUCCCUUAUAUUUGAUUUUCAAUACAUGUCUCGUGUAAAUGAAUUCGAAGUUCUUCGCUAGCAUAACAUUGCUACGUGUGUUUAGCGAUGAUCGGACUGCACAAACGUGUCGCUUUCUUGCCGGCUCGCGGCCGAAGGUUAACCAGACUGUGUUUGCACGAAGAUAUGCCCUAAAUUUGAUUUUUAAUACACGUCUCGUAUAGAUGAAUGAGACGUUCUUCGCUAGCAUAACAUUGCUACGUGCGAAUGAUUGAAUGAAAUCAGAAGCAUGGCGUCUCUCUCAGUUAAGAAUGUAUUGUAUUGUAUUGUAAUUGCCAUUUUUACCAAUUGUUUGUCUUACGUCAGCGCACGUGGCGUGACGUCGCUUCAGGAGGCGUGGUUAAGUGCCCUGUACGGAGGGGUCAAUUAAGCUACUUGGAAAGGUUAAGUACCUUUUAGAUUCAUUUCCUGAUGGAAGCCUAAUUUCCCUAAAAAUGUUUUGUCUCCUUUAUGUUUAAGUCUGUUUUAAAAGAGCUGUUUGGCAGAUAGUGGAAAGUUCCUUAAAACAAAACAAUGAACCGCCUGCUUCAAACUUAGAAAAGCCUGCUAGCUUAACGCUAAUACGCCAAGCAAAAUGCCAUAUAAGGGCUAGCAAAACUAGCAAUGUUGUACACCUUUAAGCAACAAAUGUCUGAACAAUAAAUGUGCUGCAUAAUGAGGAGACAGACAAUGUAAGGCGUAUAUACUCAGGUAAAUAUUCGUUAUCCUCUGAGAAAAAUGUUUAAUAUGACUGCAGCGUACUGAGCUAACUGAGCUGCUUCGUGUACACCAAUAUGCAUGACCCAGGUGCAACGUUGGAAGAAGUCGCAUGAAAUAAUGAGCCGUAUCCUGCUUAAAUAUUCAUCCAUCCAUCCAUCCAUCCAUCCAUUUUCUUAGCUGCUUAUCCUCACAAGGGUCAUAGGAGUGCUGGAGCCUGUCCCAGUUGUCCUUGGGCAGGAGGCGGGAUACACCCUGAACUGGUCGCCGGCCAAUUGCAGGGCACAUAGAGACAGACAACAUUCGCACUCACAAUCACACCUAGGGGCAAUUUAGAGUCUUCAAUCAACCUACCCCGAGUGCCCGGAGAAAACCCACAUAGGCACGGGGAGAACACGCAAACUGCAAAGGCGGGUCCGGGAUCAAACCCGGGACCUCAGAACUGUGAAGCCAACGCUUUCCAGCUGGAUCCACCGUGCUGCCAUAAAUCUGUAUAUUUCUUUCAAUUAUGUUGUGACUAUGUUUCACACGACUGCAAAGUGCUAUUUUUCAUAUUAAAAAAACACUUGCAAAGAUUUUUGUUGUUGUUGGUGUUUUAUGGAAUUUAUGUUCAUUUUCGCGGAUACUACAAGAUGUAACACAAACUUGACAAGAGAUGACAAAAAAAUAGAAAGUCAUUUUAAUUUGCUAAAAUGGUGCAAGUACAAAAAAAAUGAACCCCCCCCCCCCCAGAGUAUGU